AUGGAAAUCAUUCCAGCUACCUCAAGACUCCAGUCACUGACUCUCGGCUACACGCACCUCAACGAGCGAGGUCUCUAUCGUCUGCUCCUUACUUGUCCCAAUCUGCGAUCAUUGAAGUACGACUACUGGGUUCAAUCACCUGGGGAGGAUCCAGAACAUCAUCAGCCAGAUCCUAUGAGUGGCCCACCGAAUACUACAAGCCAAGCACUUGUGGAUGUUUGUACUCUUGAGCAAGCACUUCGUCUGAUCAAAGACACCUUGCAGGCUUUGCAUCUGCAUAUAGUGUCUCCACGAGGGGAAUGGCAUCAGCUGCUUCGCAGGAUAUCCUUCCGCGAUUUCGCUCGUCUGACAACAUUACAUGCGCCUCUUCAACUGCUUCUCAACAAACAAGAGAAAGUCGACGGCAAGACGAUGAAGCUCCAUCAAUCACUGCCUGCGACCCUGCAGGAGCUCUGGCCAAAUGACGAUGGAGCAGUGCUUUGGCUCAAUCAUUACGACUUCAUUAGCCCUUACAACAUCGAUUGGACUUUGAACGACAUGUGGUUCGGCCAGACAAAUCAUCCCAUACACACGGACGAGGACAUCGUCAGAGUCGUUGAAGACUACCUCUCAGGUUUCCAUAUACAUACGCCGGCUUUGAGAUCACUCAAGCUCCUCUUCUACUUUUUUGACUCUCCAGCUUGGGGCCAAAGGGAUAUCUCCAUGAUAAGAAAUGCCUUGCUUCCGUUCAAUGGUCACGAGAGAGUUACAGUUUCCGUCUUCGAGUUGCUCAAACGCUCAUAUAAAUGUCAAGGCGGGAGUGAUUCUUUGGCUACCAACGGACAAUACCCUCCAUACUUUCAAGAACGGUCCAUCGAGGCAGCGACCGAGACAGACAAGUAUAUACGCGAACAUUAA